AUAAGCCCCAGUAGUGAAGGUCGGGGCCAUUUACUUCUAUAUGACGGCAUGAGAAUUAGCUGAAUUCCGGCGCGCCAAUUAACUGGGGAGGGAGGAGGUAUAAGAAUGGGGAGGGACGUAAGUAGCUAGCCGCCAUCUUCUCUAACUCCCUUCCCUUCCCCGUAACAAAAAUGGCGGCGUGGGCCCCGGAUGUUGGUGGAUGGGGAGGGCUAACAAGGAGUAGGACGCAGUCCAGGUCCGGAGUUGCUCCCUCUCUUUCGUGACUUGGGGGCGGGGCUGAGUGAAGUGGGAGCUUUCUGCAGAAUUUCUCUUCACAAGCGAUUCAGCGAAUCCCCAUUCUCUUCAGCCACAGGCGCCAUUUUUUCUUCCCUUAGCAACAACCUUCCCCCCCCCUCCUGCCAACUUUGCCUAGCAACAAUGGUUCCCCUCCCCCCAACCUGGCUGUGCGCAGGCGUCUGACAGCCUCAAAAUGAUUUUCGAAUUCGAACUGCAUUCGAUGAGGACAAUGGGUCAGGUGGGCGCCGAAGAAUUGCUUGGCUGCCCUUCCUGAGGCUUCGCUUCCUCUUGGACAGGGGAAAGAGGCAACUGACAAGAAAACCACCAUUCUUCAGGGAUUUAAGAGCCUAAUUUAUAGGAUGAAGCGAGAGUCUUAUCGGGCCUUGAUUCAUGUGCUGCUUACAGCCUGCUUAUGCACUGCCACUGUCUACAUGGGGUUCUUCGAUGGUAUCUUCACUGAAGUUGGCUAUGAAUAUUAUGCAGAAGUUCCAGUUCAUUCUUUUCCCACCUUUCUUGCCAUGCCUUUCAAUUCUGUCAUUAACUUGGGUUACUUGCUAUUGGGAUGGUACUGGCUGAUGAAAAAUAAGAAAUUUGUAGGAAAUGAUGAAAAUAUGAGACAGGUCCGUUAUCUGAAAGAUGUAUUUGCUGGCAUGGCCCUACUAUAUGGUCCUGUUCAAUGGGUACGCAUCUGGACCCAGACUCACCACUCUGCUGUUCUAGACCAGUGGUUUACUUUGCCCAUUUUUGCUUGGCCAGUUGUCUGGUGCCACUACCUAAAGAAUGGUUGGCAGCCCUGGUCAUUCUUUUGUAUUGAAUGUAUAUCCCUAGCCAGUUACUGCCUUACCCUGUUCCACCAUUUUGGAUUUGAUAUAGCCCUAGCAUGUCACAUUCUUGCUGCUGUGUGGAGUGCCACACACUUGCAUCGCCAGUAUGGAGAUUCUGUCUCUGCCACAUACAUCGGCCUGGCUUUGAUGUCUUGCCUGGGCUUUGUUGUCCUUAAGAUAGGUGACCAUUGGCUUGCUCAGUGGUCAGUCUUUAAGAAAUUGACUGGACACUUCUGGUCUAAAAUUUGUGAUAUCAUGCAGUUCCAUUUUGCAUUUUUGUUCUUCAUACAUUUCAGUAAUCCUCGGAAACAAAUUGGCGAAGAAAAGAACAUUUGAAUGGGCUAAAAAAUUUUCUAUCUAAAGUGUUUUGAUGAAUGUAUACAUUUGAAAAACAGUAUUCCAGCCAAGUAUAUGCAUCCAUUCCAUGUUUAAGCCUCAUUCAUUUUCCUUGUUUCUCUUUGUCUAUGUUUUUCGUGGCCAUUAAAAUAAAAUGUGUUAAUUAAAAAAAAGACUUCAUUCCCACAGAUGAUACCAAAAUUACGCUUGAAUCUUCUUGACCUAUUAUUGCAUUUAACAAGUGAAUAACAAAACAGCAUCACUAGACUUUCACAUUUAUUGGAAAUAUACAAAUAUCUACCUAUAGGAGAAACAUAUAAAUUCAUCUAUAGUUCAUGCAAAUCUAUUCAACUCAAUAAGCAUUUAUUAAAGGCCAGCUAUGUGCAGGACCUCCUUUUUAAAAGAUAUUAAAUGUAGUUCAUAUCCUCAGGGAGCUUUGUGAGAUGUGAGAUGAACCAUUACAUGUCAAUGCCAAUAUUACUUGGCAAAUAGACUUGUCAUUUCCUUCUCCAAUGCAUUAAGAUAAACAGAUAAACUUUUUCAGAAUCACCCAGCUAGUAAGUGUGCGAGGCUGGUUUUGAACUUGGGGUCUUUCUGACAGGCUGGCACUCUACCACUAAGCAACUAGCUGCCUCUUAUAUUAAGUAGGCUUUAGAUGAGGAAGAUGUUUUAACAUUGCCUUUCUACUGCAUAGACUAAUGGUGUCCAAACUUUUUUGAGCAUGCACCCCCUCCCAGUAUGUCUAUACUUAUAAAAUAUAUACCUAUACAAUUGUGCGAA